AUUUUCAAACUACCAUUUGCGUGUGAGAUAAUAGCAAACAAGAUUUUGUUUCUGUAAGCUUAUUGGCGAAGCUUUUGAGAUUAUCCAUUAAAAAAAAAGGGAAAACAACAAGAUUCUCUGCAGUACUUUGGAAAUAAUAUGACAAAGUUUGAUUAAUUUCUUGGAUAUGAGUUAUUGAAAAAAGGAGUCCCUACCAUGUGAUUGCGUUGAAUUAGCAUCAUAUCUCUAUUAUAUAUAUCAUCCAUUUCACUAGCAGAGCUCUUCAAUAUUGAAUCAAAAAAAUUAAUCAACAAAGAACAAAAAUCAGAUGACAGAAAUCACUGCAAUUGUCCACAACUGCUUGGAAGAUGAACGUGUAAAAGAAUACAAGGAAUUCUUUGAAACCAAGGCUGGGGUGAAAGGGCUUGUAGAUGCCGGAGUAGUUAAGGUUCCCAGAAUAUUUAUCCAUCCACCAGAGAAUCUACCAAAACCAUCAUCAGAAGACAGUUGCUGUAUUGGCCUCCAGGUUCCUAUAAUUGAUUUCCAUGGCCUAGAAAAUGGACAGCGAGGGGAGAUCAUCGACAAGAUACGCCAAGCAGCAGAGACCUGGGGCUUUUUCCAAGUUGUUAACCAUGGGAUUCCAGGUUCCUUAAUGGAUGAUCUGUUGAAUGACGUGCGCCAGUUUCAUGAGCAACCUUUGGAGGUGCGGAAGGAAUGGUACUCACAUGAUGAAACAAAGAAGGUAAGGUACUAUAGCAAUGGAUUUUACAAUCCAUCCAUGGCAGCCCAAUGGAAGGACGGUUUAUUUUGUAUUGGAGCUCAACAGCUUGAGGAAGAACAGAUUCCUGAAGUUUGCAGAAAAAGUAUCAGUGAGUAUGUAAAACAUGUAAUUCAACUAAAGGAAACCAUAUCUGAAUUACUCUCAGAGGCUUUGGGGCUUAGCAGUGAUUGCUUCGCGAGAGCUGGGUAUAUGAAAAGUGUUUCACUCGCAUGCAACUAUUACCCAACUUGCCCUGAACCCGAGUUGACUUUAGGCAUAGCAAGCCAUUCAGACCCAGAUUUUCUGACUCUGCUGCUACAAGAUGAUAUUGGUGGCCUCCAAAUUCUUCACCAAAACAAGUGGGUGGAUGUUCCUCCUGUUCAUGGAGCUGUAAUUGCAAACCUGGGGGACUUCAUGCAGCUGAUCACGAACGACAAGUUCAAAAGUGUUGCGCACAGGGUGGUGGCUAAACGGGGUAGUUCCAGGGUAUCAGUUUCAUCAUUCUUUCAACCAGCUUUCUCUGAUAAACUGAAACCAUAUGGACCAAUGAAGGAGCUUGUAUCUGAAGACAACCCUCCUUUGUAUAGGGCAAUUGGUGUUGCUGAAUAUGUUGCCUAUUUCAGGUUAAAAGGACUAGAUGGAAGCUCUGCCCUUCCACAUUUUAGGCUAUAAUAUUUUAUGGUCUUGUUCAAUUUCUGAAGAAAGAAAGAACAAAUUACUGGUUCCUACUUUAUAUAUGUUUAUAUGGUGUUACAACAUACAUAUAGAAGCCAGGGGAUAGUUAGGAGACCUAUUUAAUUAAGGAUCUGUCUGAAGAACCCUUCUCGCCAUGCCAAACAUUAUCUUUCCAUUUGACAAAGGAGGAAUUUCAAUAUGCUUUUUCAAUUGCUUAAUCAAAUAUUCUGCGUAUUCUAUUUUGGUAAUCUUUUGAUAGAUCUUUUGUCCUUAAUUAAUUUGUAUGAGAAUAGAGA